CCCAAAUACAUAUAGGCCAAUGCACUUGUUAUAGGCCGAACUGGGUUUUCGCGCCUUGUCCGACAUUAUUGUUGAAGCGUGUUGUUGCGACAAACGACUGUGCGUUGUGGUGUGUGACUGGACCGUUGAGCGAGCGACACGGCCAGCACCUAAGCACCACCAAAGCACCACCGCUGCCAACACCAUGGCCCCAACGUCACGGCGACGGCGCCACAAGGAAGAAGCGGAAGUGGACGAUGACGGCGAGUUCGAUGAUGAAGUUGCAGAAGAACAAGAGACCGCCAACGGCGAUGGACCGCCUGCAGCGAAGAAAUCAAAGACCACGAGCCCCAGCUUGUACCGAGAUGGUGCCAUUGUCCGCAUGAAGCUGGAGAACUUUGUUACGUACAACCAUGUUGAGUUCCGGCCAGGCCCCAGCUUGAAUGUGGUCAUCGGUCCCAACGGCACUGGCAAGUCCUCCAUCGUCUGUGCGAUGGCACUGGCCCUCGCUGGCAAGCCCAGCGUCCUUGGCAGAGAAACAAAGGCUGCUGCGUUCAUUCGAACCGGCGCCAACUCAGCCACCAUCGAGGUUGAGCUGUUCCAGAGCAGCGGUCAGAACAUGGUGGUGCGGCGGGUGAUCAAGAAAGGAAACCAAAACGCAUUCUACAUCAACGGAAAGCCAACCACAGAGCAGAACGUCCGGGAAACAGUGGCCAAACAAGGCAUCCAGAUUGACAACCUGUGCCAGUUUCUGCCGCAGGACAAAGUGUCCGCUUUUGCCAAGAAGACCCCGCAGGAACUCCUUGUUGACACGCAGCGCGCGAAACAACUGCAACCCUUCCGCAAAGCAGUUGAGAAGGCCGAGAAGGACAAAGCGCAGAAGGAGAAGAACUUGAGCGGCGUGAAACCGAACAUUGGAAAGCUGCAGCGGCGGCUCAACAAGUUGCAGACCCAGGCGGCCGACUUUAGCUCCAGCAUCCUCACGACACUACCACCCUCACCACCCGCUGUCAUCACCACCAUCACCACUGUCACCACCGCCGCAACAACCCUCAUCAGGGGGAUGAACUGCGAGCGCAAAAUUGCGGAGCUGACGGCCCGCCUCUCCGGCCAGCGCGACAUGCAGCAGAUCCAGGCGGACCUGCGAGAGAUGCGGCACAGGGAGAACGAGUUUACACCGCAGCUUGACGCCAUUCGCGAUGAGACACAAGACCUUCAGGCUUCGAUACAGGGUCGCACACGCGCCAUUCAGAAGCACAAGAACGCCAUUCAGGAAGCGGAGAAUGCGCAGAAGAGGAAGCAGGCUGCACUGGAGCAGCGCAACGGGUGGAUGCGUGAUGCAAUCGCCUGGAUCAACGAUAUGAACAAGUUCCGCAUGCGCGUGUUCCCACCGCUUGUGCUGAACAUCAACGUGCAGCAGUCUGAUGUUGCUGCGCUGGUGGAGCACAGCAUCCCCGGCCGCGACCGUAUCGCCUUCCUCUGCCAGUGCGAAGACGACCAGCGGAUGCUGGUGUCCACGCUGCGCAAACAGCGCGGGUUCCCCAUCAACGUUGUCCGGAUCCCACCGGAUGAUUUGUCCAGCAUCUCGGCGCCGCUGACGCCGGAGGAAGCGCAGCACUUUGGGAUUGACGGCUUCCUCCUGGAUGCCGUGGACGCCCCGGAUCGCGUCAAGGUCUACCUCGCCAAAGUGUUGUAUUUGCACCAGACGCCGUAUGUCCGCCGCAAAUCGCGCGACAUUGCAGAUGGGCUCAAGGAACGAGGUUUCAAGUCGUUCUUCAUUGGCACAACGGGCUACCGCGUCAUGUCGUCCCGCUUCGACCGCCGCGCAGAUGCGAUGCGGCUCGAUGAGGUGAAGCCGGCCCAGCUGCUCGCCCUCUCCGUCGACACCGAUCGCAGGCAGCACCUCAUCGGCGAAAUUCGGCGUUUGGAGGAGGAGAUUGAGACCUCCCAACAGCAGCUGCAGCAGCUUGAAGCGCGCGCAGCUGAGAUUGAGGAGGAGAAGAGCCAGUUCUCGCAGCGCAUCGCCGCCUUGCAGGAGGAGCGUCACAAGGUCGUGGACCUGUCCGGAAAAAUCAAGCGCUAUGAAACAUCACGCGAAGCAUACAACAACCAGCUGCACCAGCUGCAGGUGAAGAAGGAAGUCGUGCAGAAGGAGAUGGCGGAUUUGAUUGCGUCAUCCGGCUCCUACUGGCGCGAGAUCGAGGACACCGCACAGAAACUCGUUGGCAAGAUGGAUGUGCUGACGGUGCUGCAACUCAACCUCGACCGCGCGGAAGCGACGGUGCACGUGAACACCCGGGCGCCGGAGGAAGAGGAGGACUCUCUGCGCGCACAUGCGCACGUCGUCAAGCAGCUCAAGGACGACGCUGCCCGGGCCAACAACGACAACAGCAUGCUGACUGAGGAGCAGAAGCAGGAGUUUGCGGGUCUGGCCAAGACAAUCCCGGGUCUCGAGGCCGCCAAGGCCGACCUGCAAGCACAGAUGCACGUGAUUGCGCCCGCAAACGCGAGUGCCGUCGACGCAUUUGAGAGCGCCCUGAAGCGGCUCGAACAACACAAGGGCGAGUUGCGCGAGGUGCAGGAGAAGUUGAAGGGCUUCAACGCUGAAAUGGCCGCCGUCGCCAAGCAGUGGAAGGCGGAACUGAAGAAGCUUAACUACGAGGAUUGGGGCAUUGAGAUCAGCGUGAGCUUCCGCAAGGACGAGGCCCUGCAGCCGCUGCGCGCCCACCACCAAUCUGGCGGCGAGCGCUCCGUCUCUACCAUGCUCUACCUCAUGUCCCUCCAGCGCCUCACACGGUGCCCAUUCCGCGUGGUGGAUGAGAUCAACCAGGGCAUGGACGCGACAAACGAGAAGCGCGUGUUUGAGCAGGUUGUCAACUCGUCCACGUCGGAGUCGUCGCAGUACUUCCUCAUCACGCCGAAGCUGCUGCCAGAUCUCCCAUACAACCCGGCCAUGACCGUGCUGUGUGUUUACAACGGCCCACACAUGCUCACGCACUCCAAGUGGAACCUCCCCUCCUUCCUCUCUGCCCGCCGCCGCCUCGCCCUCUCCGCCUAAUCGAGACACCUACCCGUUAGCUUGUGUGUGUGUCUGUGUCUGUGUCUGUGUGUGUGUGUGUGUGUCUGUGUGUGUGUGUGUGUGUCUGUCUGUGUGUGUCUGUGUGUCUGUGUGUGUGUGUGUGUAUGCCUAUCCGCGCUUGCUUCUCUCGAUCUUGUUUUGCAUGCUGGGCUGCAAUGUUGAGUCCUUCCUUGAAUUUUCGUCAUAGCAUCCAUAAAAUUCGACAAUUACCAA